CCUGAAAACAAACCAUAUUUCAAUAGCAAAUCCAGUGUCGAUAUGGCUGAGUUGUAACUUUUGAGCAUACAAUUUUUAUAACGGCGUCUAAAGCCUUGAAAGAUGUGAUCACAUAGAUGUGAUCGCGUAGGCUAACAGUCCCAAAAAAAAUCUGUGGAACUCGGUCAGAUAAUUUUUUUCACUAGAAACAGCUGCCUACUGCUGCUCCUCCUACAAACUACAUUGAUUGAUUCAACAUCGUGUAACGGUACAUACUUCGUCCUGUUUCGUCUGAGCCACUAGCCAGUUGUUGGGGGAAAACCUCGUGCUACUGCCACAGUGAUACUGCUACUGCUUCUUAUUCAGCACCGAACAUGGGCCCAGAAGGAAAGGUUUGAAGGAGGUAUCUGUGAUUUCUAGGAAGACUGAAGGGCGGAACUUGCCAGGAUGGAUGCCACCAACAUACUGCCCAUUCUGAAGAAACGCCUAGCCUUCUUGUCAGGAGGCAAGGACAGACGCAGUGGGCUGAUCCUUACCAUUCCACUAUGUACAGAACAGACCAGUAUGGAGGAGCUCAGCUCCACGUUGGAUUACCUCCUUGGCAUCCCCAGUGAUAAGUGUAAAGCAAGAGGCUUCACAGUCAUCGUGGAUGGACGGAAGUCUCAGUGGAACAUAGUGAAGACGGUGGUGCUCAUGUUGCAGAAUGUGAUUCCAGCAGAGGUGUCCCUGGUGUGUGUGGUGAAGCCUGAUGAAUUCUGGGACAAGAAGGUCACUCAUUUCUGCUUCUGGAAGGAGAAGGACAGACUAGGCUUUGAGGUCAUUUUGGUAUCUGCCAAUAAGCUCACACGCUACAUCGAGCCCUGUCAGCUUACUGAUGAGUUUGGGGGAAGUCUGGUGUACGAUCACAUAGACUGGGUGAACAAAAGACUGGUCUUUGAAAAGUUUACCAAGGAGUCCACAUCCCUUCUUGAUGAGCUGGUGGUCAUCAAUGACAGUGAGAAAAGCAGCCAGUUGGACAAAGAAAGGCCACCAGAUUGUAACUUCCUACCAUCGUUGGAUCCUGAAACAGUUCUACAAACUGGCCAUGAGUUGCUGUCGGAGCUGCAGCAGCGGCGGUUUAACGGGGCAGAGGGAGGUGGUGUGGCCUGGUCCCCCAUGGAUGACGAGCUACUGGCCCAGCCACAGGUCAUGAAACUGCUGGACUCCCUCAGAGAACAAUACACCAAGUACCAGGAGGUGUGUCGCCAACGCAGCAAACGAUCCCAGCUGGAGGAUAUACAGACCAAGGUCAUGCAGGUUGUGAAUUGGCUGGAGGGGCCUGGCACAGAGCAGCUCCGAACACAGUGGGGGAUCGGAGAUUCCAUCAGGGCCUCCCAGGCCCUGCAGCAGAAACAUGAGGAGAUAGAGAGCCAGCACAGCGAGUGGUUUGCAGUAUACGUAGAGCUGAACCAGCAGAUAGCAGCGUUGUUGAGUGCUGGAGACGAGGAGGACCUAGUGGAGUUAAAGAGUCUUCAGCAGCAGCUCAGUGAUGUCUGUUACAGACAGGCCAGCCAACUGGAGUCCAGACAGAACGUACUGCAGUCAGCACACGAGUUUCACGGCACAGCACAGGACCUGUCCCAGCAACUGGAUGGUCUACUGGGCAUGCUCUGUGCCGAUGUGGCGCCUGCUGACGGGGCUGCCAUCCAACAAACACUCAAACACCUCGAGGAGAAACUCAAGAGCGUUGAGGGAGCCCUGGUAGGCCUGAGGGAGAAAGGCCAGGUCCUGAUGGAUCAGAUGUCCAACCAGACUUCCUGGUCCUAUGGGAAAGACGUGCCCAUCGAUAACAAAGACAACGUUGAUCACAUCCAAGGUGUCAUGGAGGACAUGCAGCUCCGGAAACAAAGAUGUGAGGACAUGGUGGAUGUCAGGAGACUGAAGAUGCUUCAGAUGGUCCAGCUGUUCAAGUGUGAGGAAGAUGCAUCACAGGCGGUGGAGUGGCUGGGUGAGCUCCUCGAUGCUCUUCUAAAGACCCACAUCAGACUAGGGGACGACUCACAGGAAACCAAAGUGCUGCUGGAGAAACACAAGAAGUUUGUGGAUGUUGCACAGAGCACCUAUGACUACGGCCGUCAGCUGCUCCAGGCGACGGUGGUGUUGUGUCAGUCUCUACGGUGCUCCACGCGCUCCUCUGGUGACACCCUGCCACGCCUCAACCGGGUCUGGAAACAGUUUACUGUCACCACUGAGGAGAGGGUCCACCGGCUGGAGAUGGCCUGCUCCUUUCACACCGCAGCUGAGAAGGUGCUGGUCCAAGCCAGCCCAGACCAGGGUGAUCUCCCAGUCGAGGUGGAGCAGGAGACCUAUGAGGAGGUGGAGACUGUGGGGAAGGCUCUACUGGACAGACUCACUGUCCCUGUUAUAUUCCCAGACGGGAGCGAGCAGUAUUUUGGCAGUCCUGGAGACAUGGCGUCCUCUGCUGAACACAUCCGGGACAAGAUGAAGCUGGUGGAGGACAGGAAACUGACUCUGCACGAGGAAGAUGAAGAUGAAGAAGACACUGAGCAGCUACAGUAUCAGCAGCUACAUUAUGAGCAGAUACAUGACCAGGACGAAGAACUACACGAUGAUGAAGAACUACAAGACGACCACGAACUACAUGAUGAAGAACUACAGGAAGUGGAUAAUGAACUACAAGAUGGGGAGGAACUAGAACUAGAGAAUGAGACGGACACUUAGGAAUGCUAAUGGGGCUCUUAUAACAGCUUGCCUGGUCCCAGAUCAGUUUGUGCUGUCUUGCCAUAUCCUAUCGCCAUUGGCGUGACAAUGACCAUAGCAGUUGACAAGAGCGCAUAAACAGAUCUGGGGCCAGGCUGCAGACCUAUAACAGCAGCAACUAGCAGUCCACCAGACAUUGAGGACAGGAAAGAACACCUCUGACCUUCGACAUUACGCCAACACAGCACCUGACCAUCACGUGCUCCAGAUCUCUAGAAUCCCGUUAAUCUCCCGGUGUGACCGCAUUUUUCUAUCUCAGUUGUACUCUGCCUCGUCAAGCCAUAUUAAUUUACCAAUAUCAGUUAAAGAAAGAAUAUGGUCCUCUAGGAUCCACUUACAUUGCUUACAAUACAUGACGUGGAGAGGAGGAGGGAAACAAAAGAAAGAAACUGAAAGCACUGACUGGAAUGAACUCUGAAAUUGACUAUUUCCCUUAAAGCUUUACCUUGCCUGUCGAUUGUCCCUCUGAAUUUGUGUUCACGCUGCACUUGGCCUAGGGGUAGUUUUAACCCAGGGUUAAGGUUAGGCCUGGGUUAAGAACAUGUAGUGUGAAAAGCCCUAAAGACAGGGGACUCAAGCUUUUACAUGGUUCUACUAAACCCUCUAGAAUAUACAGAAAGCAAAAUCUGUCUCUCUCCUUGUAUUUACCUUACCGGUGCUUUAGAGUUUCUAGGCCUUUCUCUUUCUUGUCAAACUGCCUUGUUUGACUAUUUUAUAUUUUCCCUCUGUUGUUUUUUUGUUCGCAAUACUUUCAAGUGGUUUCUGGAAGAAGAAAAACAAGUGUAAAAAGGUGUGGCAAUAUGUAAAUCUAUUCUCAUUCUCAAUGCCUUUGAAUUUGGCACUAACUUCCCAGCCCACUGUUUCCGGUAUAGACGGACUGUUGUAUAUUACGAGGAUGGAUGGGUGCAGUCAACCAGCUUUUAAGACAUUUAGAUGGCUGUGUCACUUGUGUGCAUCAAGUUAAAAUGUCUAAUCAGACCUUUGUUAUAAACCUAGAUUAGAGUGGUAGAUCCAGGGCUUUGUUUUUAUUAAUAAAAUGUGAUAUGAGAAUUAUGCUUCAUCUCUUCAUAAUUGUCAUUCUAAUGUAUACAUACAGUACAUACGCCUUUUGCAUCGUGAGGCAUGCUAUUGAAAUAUUGAUUCUAUAUUUAUUUUGUUUUGUAUAUUGGUAUUUUACAUACCAGUCAAAGACAUGCUUGUGGAGAUUUUAGGUUUGUGAGGCUAAUCAUGUAUUUCUUGAAAACCUGGGUCCUGCGAAAUAAACAAGCAAACAUUUUAAAGAU